AUUUGGACGAGUUUGCGGGGGGGACGGGGAACGAAAGAAAAGGUGAAGUGCCGUGUGGGGAGUGCUUGCGGCAGCAUUGUCAGAGCCCGUUCACUCGUCUUUGUCGACCCUUGGCGUCCGAACUCUCGCCCCUCCUUGAGAAGGGCUACGGAUCUUGCCAUCUGCGAGUGAAGCUCUACGCGCAGAUAGGGCACGUGCAGUCGCCCGAGGGCCCGACCACUGGGCGGACGCGCCGUCUUAUCCAGGAAGCCCACAGACAUCUUCUGCAGUAGCCCGCCUGGAACCGCACGUAUCUCGACCCAUCUGACCACGCCCGAUUCACGCCAGGCCUGCGUUGCCCUGCAUAAUCGCUCCUUCACUAACGCCUCGGAUUGGCCUCUCGUGGAGCUACUAUUUAAAAGCUCCGACCUCCAUCUUUUGAAUUUUCGUGCGAGACGACUAAGAAGUCGACCAUCCGCUUUUUCCUUUCCUCGUCGUACCAGGUACUCCGAGCAACAUGUCCCCAACUACCACCACCGUCCCGCUCUAUGCCGCCUACGACUUCGUCAUCGUGGGCGGCGGCACAGCGGGCUGUGUCAUCGCGUCCCGCCUGUCGGAAUACCUCCCGAACAAGUCUGUCCUCUUGAUUGAGGCCGGCCCUAGCGAUUUCAUGGACGACCGCGUGCUGCUGCUCAAAGACUGGUUGAACCUCCUUGGCGGCGAGCUCGACUACGACUAUGGCACCACCGAGCAGCCCAUGGGCAACUCGCACAUCAGACACUCGCGCGCCAAGGUGCUAGGUGGCUGUUCGUCCCACAACACCCUCAUUUCCUUCAGGCCAUUCGAGUACGACUGCAAGAGGUGGGAGGCCCAAGGGUGCAAGGGCUGGAGCUUCAAGACCUUCACGCGUGUGCUCGAUAAUCUGCGCAACACCGUGCAGCCUGUGCAUGAGAACCACCGGAACCAGCUCUGCCUCGACUGGGUGGACUCGUGCUCCAAGGCGAUGAACAUUCCCGUCAUUCACGACUUCAACCACGAAAUCAAGACCAAGGGCGCUCUAAAGCCAUGCGUUGGUUUCUUCUCGGUUUCCUAUAACCCCGAUGAUGGCCGCCGGAGCAGCGCUAGCGUGGCCUACAUCCACCCCAUCCUCCGCGGUGAGGAGAAUAGGAAGAAUCUGACCGUGCUCACCAACGCCUGGGUCAGCAAGGUCAACGUCAAGGGCGACAAGGUCACAGGCGUGAACGUAACCCUUCAGAAUGGCGAGAAGCGCACAUUCAACCCUCGGUGCGAGACCAUUCUCUGCGCAGGCGCAGUCGACACUCCCCGUCUGCUCCUUCUCUCCGGUCUCGGUCCCAAGGCUCAGCUCUCAGAUCUCGGAAUUCCCGUCGUCAAGGACAUCCCCGGCAUUGGCGAGAACCUGCUUGACCACCCCGAGAGCAUCAUCAUCUGGGAGCUGAACAAGCCCGUCCCCCCGAACCAGACCACCAUGGACUCGGACGCCGGCAUCUUCCUCCGCCGACAGGUUCCCAACGCAGCAGGCACAGACGGUGAUAUAGCAGACAUCAUGAUGCACUGCUACCAAAUCCCGUUCUGCCUGAACACGGCACGCCUCGGCUACGAUUCCCCCAUCGACGCCUUCUGCAUGACGCCCAACAUCCCGCGUCCCCGCUCCCGCGGCCGCAUCUACCUCACCUCCGCAGACCCCAACGUGAAGCCCGCGCUCGACUUCAGAUACUUCACCGACCCCGAAGGCUACGACGCCGCCACCAUCGUCGCGGGCCUCAAGGCUGCGCGUGAAUGCGCCAAGCAAGCUCCCUUCUCGCAAUGGCUCAAGCGCGAAGUUGCCCCUGGCCCGGACGUUCAAUCCGACGAGGCGCUGUCCGAGUACGGACGCCGCGUUGCGCACACGGUCUACCAUCCGGCCGGCACCACCAAGAUGGGCGACGUGAGCAAGGACCCGCUCGCAGUCGUCGACCACGAGCUCAAGGUGCGCGGCUUGAAGGGCGUCAGGAUUGCGGACGCGGGGGUCUUCCCCGAGAUGCCGACUAUCAACCCCAUGCUCACGGUGCUGGGCAUUGGCGAGCGCGCGGCGGAGCUCAUCGCCCAGGAGUGGGGAUGGAAGGGCUUGGAGAAGGAGAAGUUGUAGACAUGCAUGGGGUUCUUUAACGGUUCAGGAUAGCUGGUAUGUAACGGCAAGGGAAAAGCUGGUGUUGUUUUUCUCCGGAUAUGGAUGGCCGGCUGGCUUCAUUCAGGUAAUGUAGGUUCCUACCUUUACGUGAAUUUGUGACGAUAAUGAAAUGAGCUAUUUCUACAACGCGCCAAUGUCCCAUUGCAGCCAGCAAGCCAGCCAGCCACUUGUCUUCCCGUGCCGUGCAACUUUUCUCUCUGCUGUCAAAGGCCGCCCAAACGCUUCGUGCUGCUAUCAGUGCGGGCACAAGAACGCCCAAAAUGCU